CUCGACGUUUAGCUUUAAGAAGGUCACAGCAUUUUUUUGGUAUAUUCUUCCCGGCGCCUCCCUCUUUCAGUCGUAGGCCAAGGUUUUGAGUGAGUGACGAAGACAUGUCCGACGAGGAGCAUCAGUUCGAGUCGAAGGCAGAUGCUGGAGCCUCCAAGACUUACCCCCAGCAGGCAGGCGCCAUCCGCAAGAACGGCUACAUAGUCAUCAAAGGCCGCCCUUGCAAGGUCGUUGAAGUUUCCACAUCCAAGACUGGCAAGCAUGGCCAUGCCAAGUGCCACUUUGUUGCAAUUGACAUCUUCAAUGGCAAAAAGCUAGAAGAUAUUGUGCCAUCUUCUCACAAUUGUGAUGUUCCCCAUGUUAAUCGCACUGAUUAUCAGCUGAUUGAUAUUUCUGAGGAUGGAUUUGUUAGUUUGCUCACUGAAAAUGGGAACACUAAGGAUGAUCUUAGGCUGCCAACUGAUGACACUCUUCUGACUCAGAUUAAGGAUGGCUUUGGUGAUGGGAAGGAUCUGGUUGUGACUGUUAUGUCUGCAAUGGGGGAGGAGCAGAUCUGUGCCCUCAAGGACAUUGGUCCAAAAUAGUUUUCUACCCUGCUUGGAAUCCCUAUAAUAUCAGUGGAGAGGAAUUUGUAAUAGCUUUUAAUAGUUUGUCUGUCACAAGGCUGGAGGAAAACAUUUUCAGAUUGAUUUAUGUUCAUUCCGGAAAGGCUCUGUUACGGUGUUCUUGUGUAAUGGUUCUUUGUGUUGGGAACCAACUCUUUUAUAGGUUUAUUUAUCUAUCUC